AUUGAACCCUUCUCUAGCACGCAUACGGAGUACUUUACUCCUAGUGCGAUCUAGAAAAGUUUCCCAAGAUCUAUACGUACAUGACAAGAGAUCUCGACACCCGCUACUAACCUGUGUUGUUGCCGUUGUCCCUCUCAAUAGUCGGUCCUCCCGGCAACAGGUGAUCCGUGCCCCAUGCUCGUGCACGCACUCGGUGGACUGAUUUUCACCAACUGUCACUCCAAGCUAUUGCUUCUAGUCGCGCAUGGACCGCUAUGCACUCAGUCCUGCUAGUCCCAUCGAGUGGGACGGGACAGCAGCAUCUUGGGUCAGAAUUGCCCAUUCUGUGGGCUCGAAGAGCAUCGAAAAGCAUUUGGUCUUUCUCUGGGGUCUCACAACAGGUAGGAUCCGGGUGCCGCCCAGGUGCCAGUCUCAGCAUCUUGCUCAUGCCUCGGACUCUGCACAUAGGACCUUAACCUCGCUGGAUCCAGCUCCGACUUCAGAGACUAGUCGUCACAGGCGAUUCAUGCCUACUCUCUUGGGCUAGUAUCAAGCAAGAAGUUUUAUGCUAAACGUGGUAGGAGUGGGUGUCCUACGAUCUGGACCUGCGCACUGCGCUAGAAUCGACGCCAUUACUACAAAUUCCGGACCUCGUGCGAGGAUCUUGCAACCGAGUCCGACCCCACCAGGAGCCUGGCUAUCUGGCGGGUCUUUAUCAACCUCAAAAACUCAAAUUUCGACCAGGUCUGGACAGACACCGAAGCACAAUAUCGGCGUUAGGCUUAAUAGCCAUGAUGGAAUUUUGUCCAUACCGGCCCAAUCAGUGGCUUACUCCGGUGGAGACAUGAUCCAUGCGUCCCAAAGACUAUUGCAUGGUGCAAUCAAUAUGGUUGGUCAUCGUAGUUCACCAUAUCGACAAACAUUGAUAUAUCCUCAGCUCUGCUGCGGCGCUCCUGAGACGAUACCGACUCGGCAGGUAGGACUUGCUUCAGCAAUACGCAGUGAUGGAUAAUCGUCUUACCCCGCGACAUUCUAGGACCUCGUCGACGAGGUCGCCUAUGCACUCGUUGGACACAAGUGAAGGCAGACUAUCUCCCGUUGCUGAUGUGGAGGUAUCCUCAGGAAAUGAAGACGAGUCGGAGAAAACAGAGAACAUGGAGAAAAAGGAUGUGUGUAGAGGUUCUUUUCCUCCUGCCUUGGAUCUCCGAUGCUGAUCAAAACAGACCAACUCGACAACGGGAAGACCUCACAGCUACCACAGCCACCAUAGCCAACAUGCUCAUUUUCACUGGCAUCACCCCUUCACCUCCAACCGCAACUCAUGGAAUGAAAGUAUUGCUCCAGUAAGAUCACGCAGGAUGUCAAAUGCGCAUGAAAUGCGCCGGCGAAUGUCGCACACUAUGCGGAGGGCGUCGGUGGCCUUGGUUGAUGCCGUGGAGAAGCUUGAUCCCUUGACAGUAACGCAAGGCAAUCCGCUCGGCCUCGAAGUGAACGAAAUACGCAGAGUUUCCUCUGCCGGCUACUCUCCACCCGGUCAAUUCAAUGCGCGCCGGUUUUCUCGCACUUCAGCAAGCCUGGACAUUAUUGAGUCACCAGAACCCGCUAAGACAGUCCCAUCUUCUACUUCGGUUGUGGACUACGUCCGACAGGGAAUGAGUGAAGAAGAGGCCGAAUAUUCCAUCCAACGUCUCGCCGCACAUGAUGACAUUGAACUUUUGUCACCUGCCAAAAGAUUACUCUACCGGUUAUGCCCCAUCCUGGUUGUCGUCACCAUUGCCGCCUACUUCAUCUAUUUUGCCCUGCGUGUUAAGUUCACACGCCAAGCCGAAUCGGCAGCACAUAAAACCUACUGGAUGGCCUGGGCCUUUAUCGUGGUCGAGCUCUUCGUCUCGAUACCGAUGCUGCUGCAUCGUAUGUGGGGUUGGCACGUUGUAGGCCUUCGAAAGCGACCCAGGUUACGACUCGUUGGCGACAAUGUCCCAUCCGUCGAUGUCAUCAUCACCUGCUGCGGUGAGGAUGAUGAUCUGGUGCUCGACACAGCCAAGGCUGCGUGUAACAUCGACUACCCCCCCGAGAGGUUCCGGGUGAUUAUUUGUGACGAUGGCAAGUCCAAAACCCUGCAGGAGAUGACGGAGAAAACGGCCCUCAAUCAGUUCGACAAUCUUUACUACAGAUCACGGCCCAAGUAUCCUGGGGUCCCUCACCACUUUAAGGCUGGUAACUUGAACGAUGCACUGGAAGAGACUGCCAGACUUCCUGGUGGUGCCGCAAAUUUCCUUGCUGCUCUCGACGCCGACAUGAUACCAAUGAGAGACUGGCUGAGAGCUUUGAUCCCACAUAUGCUUCAGGAUCCAAAGUGUUCGAUGGCUUGUCCUCCUCAGCUGUUCUACAAUGUCCCUCCGGACGAUCCGCUGUGCCAAAGCCUUGAUACAUUUGUCCACAUCUCAGAGCCGAUCAAGGACUCAAUGGGCGUGGCAUGGUGCACUGGCUCUGGUUACGUGCUAAGAAGAGCUGCACUGCAGUCCAUUGGAGGAUUUCCCAUUGGAUCUCUCGCAGAAGAUGUUUGCUGUUCUAGUAUGCUUCUCGGGUCAGGCUGGAAUACCGCUUUUAUCCAUGAGCCACUCCAGUUUGGCACAGUUCCCGAUUCACUCACCAGCCAUCUGAAGCAACGUACACGAUGGACGAUUGGCACCGUGCAGACAUCCUUCAAACUGCGAUUCAGUAUCUUCGGGCCCCUCGUUAAACACAUGACAUUUCCUCAGCGCCUCUGUGGAUUUGUGUACACCAUAUCUUCACUCUUUACAAUCUUCCUUGUUAUGUCCAUGUUCACAGCUCCAAUCGUCCUGGUUGCGGGCGGCAAUAUGGUUCCGUACACGACAAUGAACCAACUAAAAUGGCUUAUUCGAGCAAAUUUCUUGACAACUGUCUUGAACCGAGUCAACGAAUUUAUCUCAUAUCUACCAUCAGGCUAUCGAACUGGCCAAAGAGAUGCGCGAGCAAUGAUGUGGAUGGCUCCAUUCCAUGCCUUGUCCGUCAUUCGCACCUUCUUGUUACCCAAAUGGCUUGGUGGCAAAGUCGCCGUCUUUACGUCUUCUGGGUCGCAGAAAGCCGACCUUAAUGAACGAGACCCCAUCCUCCGGGCACCUGUUUGGCGUCGGUUAUGGGUGACGAUCUGGGACUGCCAAUGCUACCUCCAUUUGAUCUAUAUCAUGUUCGUCGUGGCUGCAGUCGGUGUGAGUAUCUACUGGAAUGUGUCUGACCCCGAGAACAACACCGCCAAGGAGAUCUUGCUGUCAUUGCUGACGCAUGCGUUCUGGCCACCCAUUAUCUGGCUGACCUGUGUCCUGUCGUGUUGGGUUCCCAUCAAUUAUGCCCUGUUCCCACCAUCGAUGCCGGAUAGGCAGGACUUGUUGGACAGAGACCCUGUGACUGGGGUGGCAUACCCCAAGGAGGAAUCCAAGAAAACCAAAACUACCUGGGCUGCCUGGGCCUUUGAGGCUCAGAACUCGGGUAUCACGCUGUACAUGACUGUAGUGUUCAUCUUGUCUUUUUGGUUCUGAGCGAACAUGCAUCGGGACGAUUCUUAUUAGCGACUGCCUACUCAGAUUGCUGGUCUAUGACACAAGACUUGUCUACAUUCUUGGAUUCCUUUUGCACGACGUGAUUGAUCAGGCCUUUCAUCAAAGUAAUGCCAUUAGACCUAUCCCGUGGUGCUGCUAUAUGCCUGUCGAUGGGGCCGAAGACGAAGGACAGCCCCUUCCCUUGGCAAGACCGGAGCAACUAACUUAUGACCAGAAGAUUUUUUUUGCUAAUGUUGUUGUCUGAGUCUAAGUCCGAAUUUUGCUCGCGGUUGCCCGCUGGGCAUACACUGAGUUUCGUUAUCAGACCCAUGGCAGGCGUUAGAAAGGCUCAAAAGUGGAGGUCUCUACUUGAAGCCUAUCAAUCAAUCAUUUUGGAACGGUGUCUCCGGAUUUGGAUCAAACUAUUGUCUUCUGGAACCUUUGGCGCACUGGCCUCAAAGCUUUGACCAGGUGGGUAGAGAGCAGAAAGGGUAACGGUAGCACCUUUCUUCAUGCUUCUAAUUCCACAUGGCACCGAAAGCGACCACGUA